AUGAAAUACACGUCCUCAGUAUCAUUCCUUCUGACAGUAUUCUUUGCUGCUACGAUUUCAGGUAAAGAUAUUCAAGGACCCAUGUCAGACAACAAUCUUGGUCCCGCGAUGCCUCCUAAAUCAGAACCGUCUUCUGAUCCCAUCGGUGGAGGUGAUUCAAUUGUUCUAUCAGAUGUUCUAGGCAAGGAUCGAAGUAUCAAUAUAUUCGCUGGAUUUACAAGAGAUAUAGCACCUAUAAGUCAGCGAUUUGCUGAUGGUGGUCAAAAUACAACCAUUCUUGCCCCAGUCAAUUCCGCGAUCAUGGCUCUACCUCAAAAGCCAUGGGAAGAUCCCGAAGAUUAUGAUAAGCUUGGAGCCAAUGCAUAUGAAGGUGAAGAUGGAGAAGAGAGAGCGCAUAAGAAUCUGCGGAGAUUUGUGGAAGCCCACAUUGUUCCUGCGAGUCCAUGGAAGGAAGGGGAGAAAGUUAAGACUUUAGUUGGAGAUGAGGUCUGGUGGGAGAAUAAGGACGGAGUUAAACGAUUGCAGCCUGGAGAUAUUGAGGUCUCAAGCAUUGCAGGUGACGUUCACAACGGACAAGUCUGGAUAUUGAAGAAUGUGAGAAACUAUGCAUAG